CUUUGGAUAAAAGCGUCUGCUAAAUGGCAUAUAUUUAUAUUAUAUUAAAUGGCUUAGUUAAACAAAAAUACAUUUUGAAACUUAAUCUCCCAUGGUUCCUUUCGCGCGUGUUUUGACGUAGCAGGAAGUAAACUUGUCAUGUCGAUGUCUUUAGAAGUGAAACGGGGCAGUAUGAUGAUAUGAUAUGAUAUGAUGUGAUGUGAUGGGUGUCCAUGGUCUGACCAGCUAUGUGGAGGGUAACAGGGGCUUGUUCCAGGACGUCAGGUUCAGAGACAACAGACUUGUGAUAGAUGGCUGUAGUCUGUUCUUCAGGCUCUAUCUAAACCAUGGACUGGAUCAGGCACACGGAGGGGACUACGAUGCCUUCGCUGCCCUACUGUCUACUUUCAUCUCUGCACUGGAGGCCUGCAAUAUACAGCCUUAUGUGGUGCUGGAUGGCGGUAAGGAGGAGGAGGUGUUUGUGUGUGUGCAACAGGAUCUGUGGCUCACGAAUCGGCCUCUUCAGUAACUUCUGAAGCCCCUUAAAUAAAAUCCACUAGGAGAAAAAUCAUGAUCGAUUCCAGUAACCGUCAAUGAUGAUGAUGAUGAUGAUGAUGAUGUGUGUGUCAGGGUUUAUGUUAGCCGGCUUUUGGCCGCAAUAAAACUGUUGCCGGGCAAAAAGACCGGGAGAAAAACGAAUCCCAUUGCAAAAUAACAUUUUUCUAUUAAUUCAUGUAAAUACAUUUGACCGUCAUGCUUAUCGGUCUAUAGGUUACUUUGCAUAAUUCAGUCGAAUUAAAUUGGCCUUCGUGUAUUUAUGUUAGUCAACUAAUAUCUUAUUUAUUCAACACAACUAUCAUUUAGAGCCUAUUUUGAUAGGGAUUUCUCCUGCAGAUUCACCGCUGGUUGGUGCUGGAGUAAAACGUGCUUUUAUAAACCCAUUCAAUGCGCAACAAUUCUAAAUGUAAUCUCGUGUUAAAAACAGUUUUGGUUCUAAAUUAAAAAUAGCUUUUUUAUUUCUCAACUGGUAAUUGAAGUGCGCCACCCAUUCACCAUUCAAGUGCAGGCAACAGGCUAUCAGUGGGUCACCAACCACUUUACAAUGUGAGCUGGAGGCAGUAUGCAUUUUGAAAACAUACUUAAUUGUUUGAAACCUGAAUGUUUUAUUACAUAUUGAGACAUGUCUGACAUUGCUUCAAUGUAGCCUAUAGGCAAAAUCUGACCAUGGAAACGUGGAGGCAAUUAUUUUAUGAAAGGCGCGUGAGUUUCAAGUUUGGGGAAGAUGUCAAUUUAUCCUACCAUUUCUACCGUUCUGCGUGCCAGUUAUGAUUUUCAUAUGCACAUUUUUGUGGAACCGUUUCAUUUCAAUAAUAAAGUUUUCAUUUCUCAAAAUCAUUAUCAAAUGGUUAAUCAUAAACAUCUCAUUAAAAUUCUAAAAGUUAAGUCAACUAAUGAGAGAUCACUAGCCUCUGCCAUACGGACACAUUGAUACACCGUGAUCCAUUGGCGCCUAAAGAAAUGAGCGUAUGGAACUCAUAGCCUAUAGGCCAAUGCAGCAGUAGCCUAUAACUGGUGAUUAUCGAGCGGUAGAUUGUUGGAAAUAUUUUUGAAAUAGCUUACUGUGAGGAAAUAAAGUUUUAAUAUAUUAUAAUUCGCAAUGGAUGUAAAAAACAACAACAACACUUUCCUAAAUUUCCGCGCAGCAGGCCAGGUACUUCUAUGCGUGCGAGGUCCCCCAACAUUAUCAGAACAGAAAAACUAGACACAUGCUCACAUGGAGCACUCCAAACAAGACCAUGAAAACAUAUAUACAUCUCGUAAAUGAUGGUUGUGAAAUAAACCCAAACUUGUUUCUCGCAAGUGUAGAAGGUUGUGAACUUCGUUUCUACUCCGCGCACGAGAACGGUGAAAACUGACAUGCAUUAACAGAAAUUGAUGUAACCAAAUGACGGGAAUUAACUACUUGUGACAUAUAUGAUGGAGAAUUGAUAAAAAAAAAAUAUAUAAUCAAAGUGCAAACAAUUCACAGAAUGAAACAAUGAAUGCGCAAGAGAGAGACGCGCCUAUACAGUAUCUUCGCCACACAUCCCUCCCCUUCUUCAUGUCUCAACAUUUUAAAUUAAACUCAAGACACAUUAUCUCCACACAUAUUUGAGAUGUUUUUCACUGACACCCGCAACUCAAUAACCAGCUUGGCCUAUUCCCACGCGUGCUGCCCAAAUUGCGGACUUCGCAAAUAGGCAUAUGCCUACGAGUUUAUGAUUUGAAACAAUCCACAGCUAGCUAUUUUUUUUAAAAUAAGCUAAUAAUCCUUGUUUCCUCUGUGGCUAAAUAAUACUUUCUGGUGAAGUAUUUUGAAUUAUUUUAUUUAUUUCUGUACAGACAGGAGCAAUUAUAGGAGCAAUUUGGCACAUGUAUUUCCAUUUACUUUCCUAUUCGAUCCACCGCGAUGCAAUUUCACUCCUGUUCUAAUGGUUUUCAUAUGAACUUCCCUUCCGCACAAUCCUAGUCAUAUUAGCAACCCAUUCUAGUUGUUGCAUCUUGAAAUUCUCCUUCUUUAUAACCGCUAUCAGGUGCGCUGUGGUGUUUUCCCAGGUGUGCUGUUUUAGAAUGGUGUUUUCCCAGGUGUGCUGUUUUAGAAUGGUGUUUUCCCACGUGUGCUGUUUUAGAAUGGUGUUUUCCCAGGUGCGCUGUUUUAGAAUGGUGUUUUCCCAGGUGCGCUGUUUUACAAUGGUGUUUUCCCAGGUGCGCUGUUUAGAAUGGUGUUUUCCCAGGUGUGCUGUUUUAGAAUGGUGUUUUCCCAGGUGUGCUGUUUUAGAAUGGUGUUUUCCCAGGGGUUCUGUUUAGAAUGGUGUUUUCCCAGGUGUGCUGUUUUAGAAUGGUGUUUUCCCAGGUGCGCUGUUUAGAAUGGUGUUUUCCCAGGUGCGCUGUUUAGAAUGGUGUUUUCCCAGGUGUGCUGUUUUAGAAUGGUGUUUUCCCAGGUGUGCUGUUUUAGAAUGGUGUUUUCCCAGGUGCGCUGUUUAGAAUGGUGUUUUCCCAGGUGCGCUGUUUAGAAUGGUGUUUUCCCAGGUGUGCUGUUUUAGAAUGGUGUUUUCCCAGGUGUGCUGUUUUAGAAUGGUGUUUUCCCAGGUGUGCUGUUUUAGAAUGGUGUUUUGCCAUGUGUGCUGUUUUAGAAUGGUGUUUUCUCAGGUGUUCUGUUUAAAAUUGUGUUUUCCCAGGUGUGCUGUUUUAGAAUGGUGUUUUCUCAGGUGUUCUGUUUAGAAUGGUGUUUUCCCAGGUGCUCUGUUUUAGAAUGGUGUUUUCCCAGGUGCGCUGUUUUAGAAUGGUGUUUUCCCAGGUGCGCUGUUUAGAAUGGUGUUUUCCCAGGUGCUCUGUUUUAGAAUGGUGUUUUCCCAGGUGCUCUGUUUUAGAAUGGUGUUUUCCCAGGUGUGCUGUUUUAGAAUGGUGUUUUCCCAGGUGUUCUGUUUAGAAUGGUGUUUUCCCAGGUGUGCUGUUUUAGAAUGGUGUUUUCCCAGGUGCGCUGUUUAGAAUGGUGUUUUCCCAGGUGCGCUGUUUAGAAUGGUGUUUUCCCAGGUGUGCUGUUUUAGAAUGGUGUUUUCCCAGGUGUGCUGUUUUAGAAUGGUGUUUUCCCAGGUGUGCUGUUUUAGAAUGGUGUUUUCCCAGGUGUGCUGUUUUAGAAUGGUGUUUUCCCAGGUGUGCUGUUUUAGAAUGGUGUUUUCCCAGGUGUGCUGUUUUAGAAUGGUGUUUUCCCAGGUGUGCUGUUUUAGAAUGGUGUUUUCCCAGGUGCGCUGUUUAGAAUGGUGUUUUCCCAGGUGCGCUGUUUAGAAUGGUGUUUUCCCAGGUGUGCUGUUUUAGAAUGGUGUUUUCCCAGGUGUGCUGUUUUAGAAUGGUGUUUUCCCAGGUGUGCUGUUUUAGAAUGGUGUUUUGCCAUGUGUGCUGUUUUAGAAUGGUGUUUUCUCAGGUGUUCUGUUUAAAAUUGUGUUUUCCCAGGUGUGCUGUUUUAGAAUGGUGUUUUCUCAGGUGUUCUGUUUAGAAUGGUGUUUUCCCAGGUGCUCUGUUUUAGAAUGGUGUUUUCCCAGGUGCGCUGUUUUAGAAUGGUGUUUUCCCAGGUGCGCUGUUUAGAAUGGUGUUUUCCCAGGUGCUCUGUUUUAGAAUGGUGUUUUCCCAGGUGCUCUGUUUUAGAAUGGUGUUUUCCCAGGUGUGCUGUUUUAGAAUGGUGUUUUCCCAGGUGUUCUGUUUAGAAUGGUGUUUUCCCAGGUGUGCUGUUUUAGAAUGGUGUUUUCCCAGGUGCGCUGUUUAGAAUGGUGUUUUCCCAGGUGCGCUGUUUAGAAUGGUGUUUUCCCAGGUGUGCUGUUUUAGAAUGGUGUUUUCCCAGGUGCGCUGUUUUAGAAUGGUGUUUUCCCAGGUGCGCUGUUUAGAAUGGUGUUUUCCCAGGUGUGCUGUUUUAGAAUGGUGUUUUCCCAGGUGUGCUGUUUUAGAAUGGUGUUUUCCCAGGUGUUCUGUUUAGAAUGGUGUUUUCCCAGGUGUGCUGUUUUAGAAUGGUGUUUUCCCAGGUGCGCUGUUUAGAAUGGUGUUUUCCCAGGUGCGCUGUUUAGAAUGGUGUUUUCCCAGGUGUGCUGUUUUAGAAUGGUGUUUUCCCAGGUGUGCUGUUUAGAAUGGUGUUUUCCCAGGUGUGCUGUUUUAGAAUUGUGUUUUCCCAGGUGUGCUGUUUUAGAAUGGUGUUUUCCCAGGUGUGCUGUUUUAGAAUGGUGUUUUGCCAUGUGUGCUGUUUUAGAAUGGUGUUUUCUCAGGUGUUCUGUUUAAAAUUGUGUUUUCCCAGGUGUGCUGUUUUAGAAUGGUGUUUUCUCAGGUGUUCUGUUUAGAAUGGUGUUUUCCCAGGUGCUCUGUUUUAGAAUGGUGUUUUCCCAGGUGCUCUGUUUUAGAAUGGUGUUUUCCCAGGUGCGCUGUUUUAGAAUGGUGUUUUCCCAGGUGCGCUGUUUAGAAUGGUGUUUUCCCAGGUGCUCUGUUUUAGAAUGGUGUUUUCCCAGGUGCUCUGUUUUAGAAUGGUGUUUUCCCAGGUGCUCUGUUUUAGAAUGGUGUUUUCCCAGGUGUGCUGUUUUAGAAUGGUGUUUUCCCAGGUGUUCUGUUUAGAAUGGUGUUUUCCCAGGUGUGCUGUUUUAGAAUGGUGUUUUCCCAGGUGCGCUGUUUAGAAUGGUGUUUUCCCAGGUGCGCUGUUUAGAAUGGUGUUUUCCCAGGUGUGCUGUUUUAGAAUGGUGUUUUCCCAGGUGUGCUGUUUUAGAAUGGUGUUUUCCCAGGUGUGCUGUUUUAGAAUGGUGUUUUCCCAGGUGUGCUGUUUUAGAAUGGUGUUUUCCCAGGUGCGCUGUUUAGAAUGGUGUUUUCCCAGGUGCGCUGUUUAGAAUGGUGUUUUCCCAGGUGUGCUGUUUUAGAAUGGUGUUUUCCCAGGUGUGCUGUUUUAGAAUGGUGUUUUCCCAGGUGCGCUGUUUAGAAUGGUGUUUUCCCAGGUGCUCUGUUUAGGAUGUUGUUUUCCUGUGAAUUGUAUAUUGGCAAAUGUUUGAAAAUGACGUUUUAUUGUCUGCUUCAUUACGUGAGUUGCAUGUUCUGUUAAGCUGCAUUACCAUAAUCUAAAUGGGAUUUCUGUCAUUCUGAGCACCGUGGUUGGACCCCCUUAUGCACGCAAUGCAUAUGGGUCCGAUAGAUUUCUCAAAUGGCCCGAAAAUUUGAAUCUUCCCGGUCACGUUGUCCAGCGCCACAUUUUCCGAACGGAAACCCUGGUGUGUGUGUGUGUCAGGCAUGGACCCCAGUGAUAAGAAGCUGUCCACCCUGAGGCAGCGGCUGCAGAGUAAGAUCCAAGAGGCUGAGUCUCUGUCCCGGGGCCGACACGGCUCUGUCCUCCCCCUCCUCACAAGACACGUCUUCAUCCAGGUCCUCUCCCAGCGAGGUGUCCCGUUGGUCCAGUGCCCCGCCGAGGCAGACUGGGAGAUUGCCUGCCUGGCCAAUCAGUGGGGUUGUCCAGUUCUGACCAAUGACAGCGACUUUUACAUCUUUGACUUGCCAGGUGGUUAUAUUCCGUUCCGGUUCUUCCAAUGGGGCAGUGUUAGCGGUUCCCCUCCACAUCACUACAUCCCAGCCAGACGCUACACGGUCAGUGGGAUGUGCCAGCACUUCAGGGGAAUGAACCGGGAACUUCUGCCGCUGUGUGCUGUCCUGGCAGGGAAUGACUACACCACAAAACAAACCUACAAACACAUACACACACUCCUCCCUCAGCUAACCACGGGAGGGAAGAGGGGAGGCAGGGGCGGAGGGAGCCCAUCCCAUAUAGAGGGCCUCCUUCUCUGGCUUUCAUCCUUCCCUGGACCUGAGGAGGCUCUGGAGGAGGUGGGGAGACUGACAGGAGGAGGAGGAGGGAGAGGAGGAAGGGGAAGAGCAGGGAGUGGAGGAGAGAAGUCCGGCCUGUGUUCUGUGCUCUGGUCAGGCAUGCAAGAGUACCAUCUGACUCCUCAAAGCCGUCUCUCUACCUGGUUCUCUGGAGGCUCAUCCAGGUCGCCAGAGGCACUGUGGACCACUACUCCCUGCCCGCUGCCAGAGUGGCUGUGCUGGGCCGCAGGGAGCGGGGCGAUGGCCCCCCUGGUGCUGGAUGUCCUGGAGCUCAGGAGGGUGCUGCUCAUCCCUCAGGUGGAGAACAGCCGACUACCCAGCAGCCACUGCAGUGCCACGGCCAUACGACAGGCCCUCUACGGGAUCCUACUGGCCAAUCAGGAGCAGGGGGAGAGGGGAGAGACGGGGUGGGGAGAGUGUCACAGGGUCCAGAGACAAGGUGGACAGGAGACCCAGGUAGAGGGACAGGGAGAAAGGGGGAGGGGAGGAAGGCAGUGGGGGAGGAGGGGAAGGGGCAGAGGUCAGAAACAGGGAGUGGGUCAGGGGGGUGCAGAGCCUUCCUCAGGCAGUGGUCAGGGUGAGAACAUUGCCCCUAGCGCUGUGGAGAGUGACAGAGGUAUGAGUGUGUUUGUGGAGGAGUACGACAGACACAAUCUGAACCUGAGGAAGUGCCAGGUGGAGCCACGGACCCCUGGAACCAUUCUACACCUUGAGACACUCUGCCAGGCUCCUGUGUCAGUUCGGCUGGGAGUGCUGUAUGAUGUUCUGGGGGUGAAGGAGUCUUCUCUGUCCCCCCUACCUCCUCACCUUAGGCUGGCCCUUGGAGUGACUGGGUUCUGGAGGAGAGAGGCCAGACCUUUUCCCUCUCUACCCCAGGUACAGGCUCUGCUGCUAGGCAUGGUCCAUGGAGAGAUGGCCCGGAACACUCAUCCUGGACAGAACCAGAAUACAGCCACAGAACGGAACCUGUGGAUGAAGCUUCGCCUGCGGCCAGGAGACAGGCGGGGUUUCGAUGUGGCCGUGGCUCAUUCCCUCAGCCAAUGGCAGGCCUGCCUGUGGAGUGUACUCAGUCUGAACCAGCUACUGUGUCUGCCCCUGCCUGAACCAGACACAGCAUGGUUAUUCAGUGGUAGUCUGGUCCAUGGUUUGGUUGGCCGUCUGAGAGGGGGUUGUUCUCCUGAAUCUGUUCUGGCUGCAGCUCCUCUCUCUGGGCAUAUCUACCGCUCCCUACUGGCUGCUCUGGAGGACUGCAUGCUAAAUACACUACCCUCAUCAUCAUCAGGGAGGAGGAAGAGGGGGAGAGGAGGAGCAAAAGGAGGAGCCCCUUCCUCCCAGGAGAUCAACAACAGGUUUGCUCUGCUGAUGACUGAGGAAGAGGAUGAAGAGUGAGAGGAGUGAGGAGACUGUAGGUUCUUUCUAGUCAACGUGGUGCUCAAAUAAACGUUGUUCCUCUUUUCACAGCUUAGAAAGAGAGGAGUGGGAUGAAAAGAAAGAGGGCCUGUGGGACACUAUUUUAGGAAGCAUUAAUCCAUAUGAUUUAAACCCACUCAGGGAAUGCUGCGUUUCAAUGACGAUUCUAAAUGAUUAACAUUUCUAUUUCUGAUGAAACUCUUCCUUUUAAUGAGGACAUAUACAUGAGGCCUUUACAGCAGUUAAUGCCAUCUUGACAAGCAGCUGAUGUCACCUUGUCAGCAUAUGAGUCUACACAAAACAUUGAGCCUUUAAACUGUUUUUAAUUAAAUGUGUAAACUCAAUGAUGUGCAUAUUGUUCUUAUCAUUAGUCUCAAUGUCCACAUAGCAACCUAACUAUUAGUAACCAAAUAAAAACAUGUUCAGUUCCA